UCAGGAGAACAGUCUGACACGGAUCAGUUGGUACUCUACAAGCAGCACUGCGGAUCGAGGAGAACCCUGCGUCUGUCAGCCUCCAUGCUACUACUAGCAAACGCGCUUAAAGCCGAUUGACCGAGUGCCUGCUCAGUCCUGUAUCUAGGGAAUCCCGGGCACAGAACGCCCUUUGGGAAUACGCAGCGAAUAUGUCAAGGAAUCAGAGGACGCCUCUGAGAAAUACGGACAAUUUGGUGGAGGUGAAAAGCAAAUUUGAGGCCGAAUACAGACGAUUCGCCCUCAAGAAGACCAACAAUGGCGGCUUCCAGGAGUUCUACAAGUUGCUGCAGACCAUUCAUCGCAUCCCUGGCGCUGAGCUGCUACUUGGUUAUGCCGACAUCCACGGCGACCUGCUCCCGAUCAACAACGACGACAACUUCCACAAGGCCGUGUCGUCGGCCAACCCUCUGCUAAGAAUCAUCAUCCAAAGACGAGAUGAGUACGAGCCGGUUGUCUUUCCCACCAACUCCCUGCAGAGGCGGAAGAAGGGUCUGGCCGGCCUGCGCCCUGCCCAGCCAAAGUCUAAGCAGCAGCUCAUUAUCGGCAUGCCCCAGGACUUCCGCCAGAUCUCGUCCAUCAUCGACGUGGACAUCCUGCCCGAGACACAUCGGCGCGUGCGCCUGCACAAGCACGGCACCAACAAGCCACUGGGCUUCUACAUCCGCGAUGGCGUGAGCGUGCGCGUCACGCCGCAGGGCGUGGAGAAGGUGCCGGGCGUGUUCAUCUCGCGGCUAGUCCGCGGUGGGCUGGCCGAGAGCACCGGCCUGCUGGCCGUCAACGACGAGAUCCUGGAGGUCAACGGCAUUAACGUGGCCGGCAAGUCCCUGGACCAGGUGACGGACAUGAUGGUGGCCAACAGUCACAACCUGAUUGUGACGGUCAAGCCGGCCAACCAACGCAACAACGUGGUGCAUCGCGGGAGCAAGACAUCGUUGGGCGGCGGCACCAGCUUGGCGGGCUCGGGGGGUUCGGCCAUGUCGCAGGACUCGUCUGCGCCCAGCCCCACGUCGCAGACCGUCAGCCAGUGCAGCAACAGCAACAGUGUCGCCGAGGGCGACAGUGACGAAGACGGUGACCUCAUCAUUGAGAGCGACAGCCUGCCUGUGUACACCGCGCACCGCCUCUUGCACAAUGGCAACAGUAGUCAUGCCGACGCACUGUCACUCUCUGCGCCACCGCAGGGACAAAGAUCCCUCCCCCAGAGCGUGUCGCUGCCCAGCAACAGCUCGCUGUCCGACAGCAAGGCCUCGCUGAGCUCGCUGACCACUCCCACCCACAACGGCAGUCCCACCAAGACCAGCAGCAGUCAGGAGAGCAUGCGAGAGGAUGGCAACUUCAUCACGCUGUGAGAACUGAGAAAGCAGCAAACAAACAAACAGCUACAAUAACAACAACAAACAUCAACAAACACUGCUAGCCCGUACGCAUACUCAGCACAACCUCCUUACGCACAGCCAUACAUACAUGUUCCCACCUGAACAGCCUCUCAUGGGUGCUGGAACUCAUGUCUGGACAUCCCGCCCAAGCUAUAGCUGACCCCGGUGGGGCAUUUGGUGCUGAUCUGGUGGGGAUUCUGCCAGAUCAGGGCCAGAUUCGCGCCAGAGUUAGCCUGCUGUUUGGCCAUCUAGAAUCUACAGGAGGCGAAAAUGAAGGCGGCUGAAUCUCAUGCCAAGUGUAUAUGAUCAGUUCUUGAGGAACUUCACUGAUGCCUUCUGAGCAUCUGUCUGUCAGUCUCUAUGACGCUGUUAGCUGUGUUGAGAGGUUCAUGAUGGAACUUGCCUUGUUGGGUACGAGGGCCCCCCCGAGCCCCUCGCUUGCAUGGCCGUCGCCCACGGAGGUGCCUUACAGGCUUUCCACUCUCCCGCUCACCGCCUUAUUCCUUCUGCCAGAAAUCAGGUCUAGGCCUUUUAUAUCCUCCUCCUCCUCCUCCUCCUCCUCCUCCAUCGUCCAUCCUCUCAACGCAACCAAACUGUGUGCACUGAUCGAGUCAACCGGCAAGGUCGUGCAGGGGUCACCACAGCACACACGGACUGUGAUUGCCAUGUGCGGCCCGCUAAUUAGAGAUGCUAAAUUAGAUCAGAUCUCUUUUUUGAGUUUGCUCAGUAAGGAAGCGCCAACCCUCCUCUCUAAGACACUGCUUCUUUGGCAGGAUGAGCCUGCGCUCAGUACUGACUAACCUUAAAUCAUCUGUCCUCUUCACAAUGCCUCUAAGUGGUGGAAUGGCAUAGCAAUGAUAAAUAUGGAGAGACUGAUUAUAUAAUGGAAAUGACAGUGGAAUUGUGGUGUCUCCAAACUGUAGCGAUCAAAUCAAAGACUGUACUACACUGCUUUCUGUCUUUUUAAUGUUUCUCCUUGCACACUAAGGCUCCCGUUGCUCUUCCAGCAUGCAGGCCAGCUUUUAUUUAUUUUUUGGAAUGUCAUUUUAAUAAUGCAUUCACAGACAUAUCACCAGGCUUACGGACACUGAAAAUUACUGGACAUAGAGCCCUGCAAAUUAGGACUUCAACCCACUAACCACCCUCUGGGCACUGUUCUGAAGUAGCAACUGACGGGGGUAAAGGAUGAAUUAUAGUAUGAAUGGCACUGACCAGAGAAAGAAGACCAAAUUGUGGUGGAAUACAGGUGUUUUGCCGCCAUUCAUUCUUUGACACUGGUUUACUCGUAGGUACAUGGUGGACAAACUGGUGACGAUCUCACUUCAGCCUGUCCUUUGUUUUGUUUUCAUAUCUAUUGUGUUACACUACAGUUCUGUUACCGCCUGGAGUAAUUCACUUUAAGUUGAAACAUUCUGGCACCUUGGGCAACCUGACAAUUUACACAUUCUCUCAUUUUUAGUUUGCUUUUUUCAGGCUAUCCCUUCCAAAAAAUACACACUAGCACAA